UCUGCGGGCAGCAUGGAGCUGAGUUCUUUGCUAACAAGGCGGCGCGUGGGCAUGGCGGCUGCAGCGUCUACUGCCGGCCGGCUGCUGAGGCUCGGCGCUGUCCGAGCUGAGGGGCACUGCCGUCGGCUGCGGCGUGCGGGUCUGGAGCGGGGCUUUCUGCAGCCUACCUCAGCUGGCAAGGAUGCGGCUCAGAAGCGGCACGUGGCUCACUUCACUUUCCAGCCGGACCGGGAGUCCCAGGAGCACGGGCAAACUCAGAAAAUGAAUCUUUUUCAAGCAGUAACAAGUGCCUUGGACAACUCAUUAGCCAAAGAUCCUACUGCAGUAAUAUUUGGUGAAGAUGUUGCCUUUGGUGGAGUCUUCAGAUGCACUGUUGGCUUGCGAGACAAAUAUGGAAAAGAUAGAGUUUUUAAUACCCCAUUGUGUGAACAAGGAAUUGUUGGAUUUGGAAUUGGAAUUGCAGUUACUGGUGCUACUGCCAUUGCUGAAAUUCAGUUUGCAGAUUAUAUUUUUCCUGCUUUUGAUCAAAUCGUUAAUGAAGCUGCCAAGUACCGUUAUCGUUCUGGGGAUCUUUUUAACUGUGGAAGCCUCACUAUCAGGUCCCCGUGGGGUUGUGUUGGUCACGGAGGUCUCUAUCAUUCUCAGUGUCCUGAAGCUUUUUUUGCUCAUUGCCCUGGAAUCAAGGUUGUUAUACCCAGAAGCCCUUUUCAGGCCAAGGGACUUCUUCUGUCAUGCAUAGAGGAUAAAAACCCUUGUAUAUUUUUUGAACCUAAAAUACUUUAUAGAGCUGCAGUGGAACAGGUUCCCGUAGAACCAUACACUAUUCCACUGUCACAGGCCGAAGUCAUACAGGAAGGGAGUGACAUUACUCUAGUUGCCUGGGGCACUCAGGUUCAUGUCAUCAGGGAAGUAGCUUUGAUGGCAAGAGAAAAGCUUGGAGUGUCUUGUGAAAUCAUCGAUCUAAGGACUAUAAUACCUUGGGAUGUGGAUACAGUUUGCAAGUCUGUGAUCAAAACGGGACGACUCUUAAUCAGUCACGAAGCUCCCUUAACAGGUGGCUUUGCGUCAGAGAUCAGCUCCACUGUUCAGGAAGAAUGUUUCUUGAACCUAGAGGCUCCUAUAUCCAGAGUAUGCGGUUAUGACACACCAUUUCCUCACAUUUUUGAGCCAUUUUAUAUCCCAGAUAAAUGGAAAUGCUAUGAUGCCCUUCGAAAAAUGAUCAACUACUGACUACAUAGGUAGGUGUGGCCUACAUUUUGAGAAAUCUAAUGUGUACCCCUGACAGGACGUGCUGUUACCUAUGGCUCAGUAAUCAUUGGUGUGUUUUCUUUGGUUAACAGCAACUUUCAGAAUAAAAUGUGUACUUCAGAAAAAACUAAAAAUCUCUACUAGUAUAGUUAUCAUUAGUUGAACUAUGUUGAGCAUUUGUAUUACACAAUUUACAGAAAAUAUCAUUCAAUAUGUCAACAUUGAAUAUGUAAUCAAAUAUAUCUUACACUGUGAUUACUCCACAUUUUACCUUCAUUUUUGUAUAUUGUUACAACUACUCAAACUUUUCAUGAAUAGAGAUCAUUUCUGUUACUUAAAAAUGAUUCCUCAAACACCAUUAACUUAAGCUAUUGUUAUUUAUGUGAUGAUUCUUAGCAUUCACAAAUUUACCUUUAUAUUAUCUGAAAAAUCGUUAUUUUUAGCAAACAUCCUCUUUAUUAUGUAAAUCGAAAAUUUUUACUAAAAAACAAAUACCAAAACCAAAAGCCCAAGAGCACUACUACGAUUUCCAGAAACUUUUCUGAUUGGUUAAGUGAGUGUUUUUAAAAUAUCGCAUAAUAAAUGGUAUUUUUUCACAGUGAUUUUCUAACUCAUGCUUAUUAGCUCUUAAACAGUGUUAUUCUAAUAAAAAUGAAUGUCAUUACUGGUAAUUAAGUUAGUUUUUCAGAGUUUCAAUAUAGAAAUUGCUCUCACUGACAAACUGAUUUUGAAAUACUUCAAAAUGAGUAGAUAGGGUUAAGAUACUUUACAUUUCAAUAUCUUAAAUUGUCCAAAAAUAAUAAUACCAUUUGAAAAACCAUGAUUCUUCAAAAGAAAAAGGAAAUAAGCUUUGUAUAAUAACACAUUCUACAUUUUUUAAAGAUAAACAAAAAUGCUAUGCCACUUGAAUUCUAAAUAGAGCCUACAAAGUUAGCCCGUCUAAAAUCAGACAGAUGUCUUUAGAUUUGCACAGAUAAAGAACAUAACACCCCCCCCCCCCCCCGCGACCUGCCACUUUCCAUAAUCUGCUCGUUUUCUGUGGUUAUGCUCUAAGAGGGCAGGUUAGAGAAUUUCUUCUCUUUGCUCUCCAUGUUGCUGCCUUAAUGGGCUGCCUGUGGAGAAUCAAGGUCAUCAUGGUAGCCAUAUGCCUUGUUAGUAAAGUAGUAUUUAGAUGCUGGGUUUAAAUUUGAAUUGCACAUUUGGUUUUAAACAUAAGAAAAGUGUUUAAAUUGCUACUGAAAAUGAUAGAACAAUGUUUCUAUCCUAAAAUUAAGUAUAUCAAAGAAAAUAGACCUGCAUGCAACUGAGAAUGUUUGUAAUUUUUACUGAUUUCUUUUACAGAAAAAUGGGAAGAUUAUAAGUAGAUACAGGAAUAUUUUUCUGAAUUUUUAUAUUUGCUCAGACUAACCUCUCCUUGAACAAUAGAGGUUUUGUGAAAUGAACUAUCAUGGAUAUUGGCUGAAAAGUUAUAAAUUAAUUAUUGUAUUAACGGAAAUGAAUUGAUUCCCAUUAAGAGUGUUUCAGAUUACUUUCUAAAAAUGCUCCACAUGGUGACCUUAUAAAUUCUGUUUAAUUACAUUUGUUAAUAUUGGGUGUAUAUUGUAUCUAAUAAAGCAAAGUCAAAUUGUC